AUGGCGACCACGGUGGACAAGAUCAAAGAUAUUGAGGCCGAAAUGGCCAAAACCCAGAAGAACAAGGCGACUUCUUACCAUUUGGGUCAGCUUAAGGCCAAGCUGGCCAAGCUCAAGCGCGAACUGUUGACUCCCAGCGGCGGAGGUGGUGGCGGAGGUGCUGGUUUCGAUGUGGCCAGAACAGGCGUAGCCAGCAUUGGCUUCAUCGGCUUCCCUUCAGUGGGCAAGAGUACGCUCAUGAGCAGACUCACAGGCCAACACUCGGAGGCUGCAGCCUACGAAUUCACCACCUUGACCUCUGUGCCUGGUCAAGUUGUCUAUAAUGGUGCCCCCUUGCAGAUUAUUGACCUUCCUGGUAUCAUUGAGGGUGCCAAGGAUGGUCGAGGUCGAGGUCGACAAGUCAUCGCCGUCGCUAAGACAUGCCAUCUGAUCUUCAUUGUGCUGGAUGUCAACAAGCCUCUGACGGAUAAGCGGGUGAUUGAGGCGGAACUCGAGGGUUUCGGAAUCCGCAUCAAUAAGGAACCCCCCAACAUCACCUUCAGGAAGAAGGACAAGGGUGGCCUCAAUAUCACCAGCACUGUACCCCUGACACAUAUCGACCACGGCGAGAUUAAGGCUGUCAUGAGCGAAUAUCGCAUCAAUUCUGCGGACAUUACAAUCCGGUGUGACGCUACCGUUGAUGACCUGAUCGACGUUCUUGAAGCAAAGAGCAGAAGUUAUAUCCCAGUUGUCUACUGCCUGAACAAGAUUGAUUCCAUCAGCAUUGAGGAGCUUGACCUUCUCUAUCGAAUUCCCAAUGCUGUCCCCAUCAGUUCCGAGCAUGGAUGGAACAUUGAUGAGCUGAUGGAGGCCAUGUGGGACAAGCUAAACCUUGUCCGCGUGUACACAAAGCCCAAGGGCAAGCAGCCUGAUUACUCUCAGCCUGUCGUGCUCCGAUCUACGCGCUGCACUGUUGAAGAUUUCUGUAACGCCAUUCACCGAAGCAUUACGGAGGUGUUCAAGACGGCCAUCGUUUAUGGCAAGUCAGUCAAGCAUCAGCCUCAACGCGUGGGCCUGGCUCACGAACUGUGUGAUGAGGAUGUUGGUAGGUUACCCCCGGAGUCUCCGACAACAACCCUCGACCCCAGCAGCAGCCUAAUGACAGAUUGA